GUUCAGUCAGCCUAUUGAAUCAGGUGGCUCAAAGAUUUCGAUAACUUCCGGCACACGGCACGAUCACUCCGUACUACCGUGACGAGCCGUUGACGACCUUUUCCUUCGACAUUGAUUUACUCUUCAACUGAACCAUGUGAACACCUCUAUCAAAUAGUCACGAAUAGAUAGUCUCGUCUUUCUCUGCAUCUACAUAUAGCUUGAUCAAAGCUAGAACGUGAACGCCAGUUUUUGUUGGGCCUUCCCUCCCACCAAUGACCACCGCCAUCGACAAAGCUUUCUACGACGAACAAGGGUACAUCAUCAUCCCAAAUCUAAUUCCUCCACAGACGUUCGAGGCCCUCGAAGAGGCCUGUGAGCGUGUUAUAGCUAAAACCAGAUCUGGAUCAUGGCCUCACCGGCGCACCGUUGGAAGACAAUUCCCUCCGUUCGACGAUAGCAAUCCGGAUUCAUGGGGCGUUCAACACCUCAUGCAUCCCGACCUUGAUGAGCCCGCAUUUACAGAGUGGUACACCUCAGAUGCGCUUAUUAAUGUUGCGACGAAUUUGUUGCAAUGUAAUGAAGAUGAGCUGCAGAUGGAGCUUUCCAACCUGUUGAUCAACCCAUUAGAACAUGAUUUUGCCCUUCGAUGGCAUCGUGACGACGUACGAGAAAAUGCGACCGCUGAAGAGGAAGUUGUUGCUCUUGCACUCUGGACGCAUGGUGUCCAAUGGAAUACGCGAGUACUCUCCAACGUCGAAUUCGCUUUGUACGAGGACUCGUGUCUCUACCUCAUCCCAAAGACCCAUAGAUUCCCAAGAACGGAGCUUCAGAGAGCCCAGUCAAUGACACAAGCACCGCCUGCGAAUCCCUUAGACAUGCCCGGAGCGAUUCAAGUCACCUUGCAACUGCGUCUCACCGAGCUUAAAUACCAAGCUGGCGAGACGGUGAUCUAUAAUAACAAUAUACUACACUGCGGAGCAUACAACUCGAAACAGCGCCGCGCGACGCUCCAUGGUUGCAUGGGCGACAUACGUGGUGGAUCGACAAGAGCCAAAAAUGUCCUCCAGCAUGGACUGUUGUGGAUGACGGAGGACCGCUUCCGUGAUCGGUUGAAUGAGAGAGGAAAGAGGAUGCUUCAGGCUCUCAUCGAUAUGAAGAAUGGUGUUCAAGGCGAUCUCGGAUAUUCGCUAGUGAAUUAG